AUGUCCUCCGGCGUGGUCCGCUCCACCGCCCUCAGGGCCGGCGGCGCCUGUGUGCGAUGCCGCAAGGGCAAGACCAAGUGCGUCUACGAGAACGGUCGCGCUCCUUGCAAAAACUGCGCCAAGGGCAUGCACGAAUGCUAUCUGCCAUCCGAGUCGAUGGGCGGUGCGUCGCCGGCUCGACACGCCUCGCAUCGUCCCGCCAGAGAGAGUCUGCCUGCUGUGGGCGCCUCAAACCCCGACACGCGUGUCGCGAAUCCGGCCGCCGUUACCUCGCGUCACGGCGGUCAGGCCAUUAUCGCAGAGAAGCUCACGCCCGAACUCGUCCAGGAAUGCGAUCGUGUCAUCUCCAAGACAUAUCCCGCCUGUGUCGUUUUCCACAAGCCGACCUUCCUCGGUCAGCUGAAGACCUCGUCUAUGGACCCGGCCCUUGUCUACGCUCUUCUCACCUGUGCCGCUCGGAGCUCACCCACGCUGAUCCGUCGAUAUGGCGCCCAGUCGGGCGGUGGUGCCACGGGCGCCGCAGAGCACUUUGCCGCCAAGGCCAUGUCCAUGAUCAACCACAACCUCGAUGCUCCAUCCCUGGCUGAUAUUCAGGCCAUCUGCCUCGUCAUUAUUCACGAGUGGGGCUCGAGAAACGCUGUCCGUGCCUACAUCUACCUUGGUCAAGCUACGCGCAUGGUCCAGAUGUAUCGUGUCAUUCAUAGCCACCACGCCGACCCCGGAACCACCGAGCGCUUCCUCGAGGACGAGUCCUUCCGUCGCGUCAUCUGGCUGCUCUACAUCCUCGACUGCCUCUUGACGAGCCAUCCUGGUCGCCAGCCCGCUCUGUCGGGUGCCGACACCAUCGACGUCUCACUGCCAUGCACUGACAUGAACUUUGCCUUUGGCAACGCCGUCUACGUCCAGACUCUGAGCCUGACCGAUCCCCCUCGCCUGCCUCCCGGCGCUCAUGUCGACAACAUUGGUGAAUUUGGUCACAUCGUCAUGGCCACACGAAUCUGGCGCGACGUCAUCCAGAUGCUGAUGAGCACGUCGACCGAGACGUUCAGCGACGCCACGUGCAGCCAGAUUAUGGGCGCCAUUGACGACCUGCGCCGCUCCCUGCCCAUGCAGUAUGCCGACAAGCCCGGCCAGGUUAAUCUUCACAUCACCAUGGGAUCUGGUUUCACGUACGCCAUGCUGCACUGCAUGCUGCACUGCUCCUCCAUCUUCAUCAACCGCCGUCGCCUGUUGCAAUAUGUGACGGCUCACGAUUUCAACAUUGAGACGUGGCGCGUAACGCCGCAGUGCCACGAGCUCAUCGAUCGCCUCUUCACGUCGUGCCACAGCACCAUCGCCAUGCUGACGGCUCUCGAGACGGGCUUCGAGAAGGAGGCCAACCUGUGCUUCCCCAUUGUCAUGCUCUUCUCCGCCUUCACCGCCAGCGCCACCGUCGCUUACCUCUCCCUCAAAGCCUUGACGCCCCCCAACGCCGUCGAGACGGCCGCCCACAUCGUCCGUGACGGCCUCCGGUUCAUGCAAGACGGUGUCGAGACAUGGCCUCUGAUCGCAUCGUGGCUGCGUCACCUGACAGUCAUGCACCGCGUGCUGGCCAACGACGGUUCUGCUCCGAUGCCCCAGGGUCUCCUCCACGGUCCCGCCCACAGCGCGCACAACCAUGCCGGAAGCGUCAGCGAGAGCGGAAGGGAUAGCGAACCCCCAGUGCCGCUGCCCCGCCGGCCCGGUGUCACGACCAUCAAUGGCGGCUCUGGAAGCAUCGCUGGAACGCCUGCUACCACCAACAGCCCACCGCCGGCGCCGGCGUCGGAGCCCAAGCGCUCGCCAUCGGCGGUGCCCGCGCCUCCGAGCAACGGCAAUGGAGCCCACGAGACCGAGCGUCCCUCCAACGCUGUGCCGCAAGACAUGACGGCUGUUGAGCUCUGCUCGGCCUUUGAGCGCCAGCUCCUGGAACUGGACGAUCUCGCUGCCUUUAUGGGUGGGGGUGUAUGA